CCUGUCAAUGCACCAACCAUCUCAUUUUACAUUGUUUCCUUCCUUUGGUAUCAACGAACGUACCUCUAAAUACAGUACUACUCUACCCUUUAGUUGCACUCCGACAAAAGAUAUGGGUGGUUUCACUAUCGCACAGGCUCUCGUCCUGAUCAUUGUGGCUGCUUCCAUGUUGGCAGUUAGUACGGCCAACAGAGGUGCCCCCCAAUGGCCUUCCAGAGGUAGCCGUUCCCAUCAAUUACCAAAAUGUAAAGAAGGUCCCAAGAAGAUCAUCGUAGGAGGGUCGGAGCAGUGGCGCUUCAACUUUACCUACACUGAAUGGGCUCUCACCAAUGGCCCCUUUUACGUAAAUGAUACUUUGGUUUUCAAGUAUGAUUCACGUCACAGUGUAUACUUGCUACCAAACCUUCGGAGCUUCUUGAAAUGCGAUUUAAGCCGAGCGAAGUUGGUGGGGAAUGUGACACAAGGAGGUGGGAAGGGGUUUGAGUACAAGCUGCAAGAGUGGAAGCCUCACUACUUUGCUUGCGGUGAGCACGAUGGCAUUCAUUGCAAUCUUGGACAGAUGAAGUUCUUUGUGAUGCCAAUGCUCCGUUGGUGUAGAUCAUAAUUAACAGAUCAGAACGUGCCACAAGAAAUUUACUGAUACCUGCUUUUGCUACUCUCUUUUUUUAAGUUGGUGUUGUUUUUUUGUGUGUUUUGUAUUGAAUAAUGAGAGAUAUUUUUUCUCCUUC